GCGCGCAGGCCGCCGCCCCCCGCUGGCCGACGCUGGCGGCGUAAGGCGCGCGGGGGCUCCGCGGAGCGGGCGCGGCGGAGCGGCGGAGCCCGGCCCUCUCCGCCGAACAUGCCGAGGCCGGCCCCGGUAGCGCGGGAGCCGGAGCUGGGGCCCGAGCCGGAGCGCGAACGUGCGCGGGGCCCGGAGCGGGGGACGCCGCGCUGCUGAGCUCGGCCACCGCCGCCCGCGGGCCCCAGGCGGGGCGCAGGUGGGUGCCAGGUCUAGCCUGGGAACUGCCAGUGACGUCAGCCAGGGACUGUGACAUCACUAAGUGGAGAUGCAGAGAAGGGGCUUGGGGACCUCCGGCAGAGGAGCAGCCAGGGCCCCAGCAAGAUGGGGGACCCCAAAAAGAACAGGGCAGCUGGGCACCACAAGAUUUAAGGCGGUGGGACCUGUUGGCAGAAUGUCUUCUCUCUCUGCAAGCGACCCUGCGGCCACCAAGAUGAGCACCUCGGCCUGGCCUGUGAGCGUACCCGGGUGUCAAUAGCCGGGAGCCAAGGGCCCACCGGGCGCAAUGGUGUACUAGGCCGGGCGCGAGCUCAGGUUUCGCACUCGGAUCUCACGGCAGAGUCACCGUGGAGAGGCCAGGGUACCACAAACUUAUGGAUUUUGACAAGAAAGGAGGGAAGGGGGAGUUGGAGGAGGGCAGGAGAAUGUCCAAAACCGGCACGAAUCGGAGCAACCACGGUGUCCGCACUUCGGGGACCAGCUCAGGGGUCCUGAUGGUGGGCCCAAACUUCCGAGUCGGCAAGAAGAUAGGCUGUGGGAACUUCGGGGAGCUUCGCCUAGGAAAGAACCUGUAUACAAAUGAGUACGUGGCUAUCAAGCUGGAGCCCAUCAAGUCCCGGGCCCCACAGCUGCACCUUGAGUACCGCUUCUACAAGCAGCUCAGCACCGCAGAGGGCGUUCCUCAGGUCUACUACUUCGGCCCUUGUGGGAAGUACAACGCCAUGGUGCUGGAGCUGCUGGGGCCCAGCCUGGAGGACCUUUUCGACCUGUGCGACCGCACCUUCACGCUGAAGACGGUGCUGAUGAUCGCCAUCCAGCUGAUCACGCGCAUGGAGUACGUGCAUACCAAGAGCCUCAUCUACCGCGAUGUGAAGCCCGAGAACUUCCUGGUUGGGCGGCCAGGCAGCAAGCGGCAGCACUCUAUCCACAUCAUCGACUUUGGGCUGGCCAAGGAGUACAUAGACCCUGAGACCAAGAAGCACAUCCCAUACCGCGAGCACAAGAGCCUGACAGGCACCGCGCGCUACAUGAGCAUCAACACGCACUUGGGCAAGGAGCAGAGCCGCCGGGACGACCUGGAGGCGCUGGGACACAUGUUCAUGUACUUCCUGCGCGGCAGUCUGCCCUGGCAGGGGCUCAAGGCGGACACGCUGAAGGAACGCUACCAGAAGAUUGGAGACACCAAGCGAGCCACACCCAUCGAGGUGCUGUGUGAGAGCUUCCCUGAGGAGAUGGCCACCUACUUGCGCUAUGUGCGGCGUCUAGACUUCUUUGAGAAGCCAGACUACGACUAUCUAAGGAAGCUCUUCACUGACCUCUUCGACCGCAGCGGCUACGUGUUUGACUACGAGUAUGAUUGGGCCGGCAAGCCCCUGCCGACACCCAUCGGCACUGUCCACCCUGACGUGCCCUCCCAGCCACCACUUCGGGACAAAGCUCAGCUCCACACCAAGAACCAGGCACUGAACUCCACUAAUGGAGAGCUGAACACAGAUGACCCCACCGCGGGCCACUCCAAUGCCCCCAUUGCGGCCCCUGCAGAAGUAGAGGUGGCGGAUGAAACCAAGUGCUGCUGCUUCUUCAAGAGGAGGAAGAGAAAAUCGCUGCAGCGACAUAAGUGAGGGUGGGUGCAGCUGCUGCCCAAGAUCCCCAGGCGGGUGUCUAGGAAGCUGGCAGCGUCCUUGGAGACGUGGGGCUCCUUGGCCCACCUGCAGGCACCAUCUUUCGGGACUUGGGGUCACUUCCUUCACACAGGACUUUGGCGGAAAUCUCUACACCCGUGUCUCGUCAUCCCCUUCGAGAGCAUUAACUAUUUAAAACCAGGAGAGAAGCGCCGCGCCGUCCCUGCUGCGCCCCUGUUAGCUCAUAAAGUCCAGCUUGUCCCCUCAAUCCAAAGGCCAUUUUCUCGAGGGGGGCAGGCCCGGGGCAUGGGUGUCAUGCGGGGAGGCCUCAGCCACCAAAGGGGAGGCGCGUGCACUACCACAAUGCUGCACCAAAGCUGGGGCGGAGAGCGGGACGGUCACCACACAGGGACUGGUAUGGGCCCCACAGAGCCAGGGCGGCCAUGACCCGUGUCCCUGCGUGCAGGGCCCACGGGACAGAAUCGCCUUAACGCCCGGCCUAGGGCAGCAGAGAGGCAGUCCCACAGGAAGGCCAGGCCUUGGUCGUGGGAGCUGAGUUCUUGCUUUACGACGUGUACAGAAAUGAACUUAUGUUUCUCCGGCGCUUCCUUGAAGCCGUAGAGUUUAGGGGCUUUUUUAAAAAAAAAUAAAGAAAAGAAAACCAUC